AUGUUGCUAAGGUCAAACAACAACUUUGCCUAUAAUUAUGUUGAUGUCAUUGGUUGGGGUACUACUUCUUUCGCUGGUCCCACUUCCGCAACUUUGUUAAAGGUUCAUUUGAUGAUACAAGAUAAUAAUGCCUGCCAACAGGCCUAUCAGGGUGUAACUACUAUUUACCCAAGUCAAAUAUGUACUUAUGAUACUACGGGCACUAAUAAAGAUUCUUGUCAAUUUGAUUCUGGCGGUCCAGUGGUAUAUAAAUAUAAUCGUCAAUUCAUAUUGGGCAUUAUAAGUUUUGGUAAGGGAUGUGGUCAAGGUGGUAAUCCCACUGGAGUAAAUACACGAAUUACUUCAUUUUUGUCGUGGAUUAAGCAAAAUACCGGUUAUUCAACCUGUAAUGUUAGCAUGUAG